CGCGGACUUCGAAAUCUGUGGGGCAACAGGUGACAAAGCAACGAUUAUGAAUUGGAAACAACAAGCACCUGGAGGACGGCGCCGGCAGCAACACGUCGAAUUAGUAGAUCAAUUAAGGGUUUCACCUACGCUUGGAACAAAUAUGCUCCACGCCGGAAAACUGACGACUACAUGGUACCCUUGGCGGUUGUCGCGACAAUCGCGCAGACUCUUCUCAACCCACACACCCGAAGCAUUCCUCGAACCUCUCCAGUCUAACCUCGGAAUAACAUGUCUAUCCCUCAAUAGACCACAAGCGAAGAAUGCCAUAUCAAUGAAACUACUUCAUGAAUUUCGCGAAUGUUUGGACACCGCGAAGUAUGAUAAGAGCAUACGCGCGCUGAUAAUACGUUCUACUACCAUGGGUUCCUUCUGCGCAGGCGCCGACCUUGCUGAGAGACGUACCAUGUCUCAAAUUCAGGUUGCGAAAUUCCUUUCCGACUUACGUUCUGCCCUUGGUCAGUUGGAAACCUUACCAAUGCCAACAAUUGCUGCAAUCGAUGGGCCUGCUUUGGGAGGAGGGUUGGAAUUGAGCUUUGCCUGUGACUUGCGUGUAGCUGGAAAUGGUGUGACAAAGAUAGGUCUUCCAGAGACACGCCUCGGGAUUAUACCUGGAGCAGGUGGUACUCAACGUGCUGUUAGAUUACUGGGCAUGUCGAAAGCAAAGGAUCUAAUAUUUACAGCCAGGAUGUUGACAGCCCAAGAAGCACUUGAAUGGGGUGUAGUGGAUUAUGUAUCGUCUCCCUCUACAUCGGCCUUCGAGCGGGCAGUCGACUUGGCUCAAGAAAUAACUAAAAGCGCUCCGUUAGCGCUUCGAGCUGCAAAGCAGGCAAUUUCACGUGCUGCUGACCUCUCAUUGGAAUCAGGUCUGGACUUUGAAAGAGCAUCCUAUGAGGUUCUUCUACCCACGAAAGACCGGUUGGAGGCACUGGAAGCAUUUAGGGAGAAACGACAACCUAUUUUCAAAGGGGAAUAAUCUUCAACCUUUAAUUUGGAGUGUGCUACGUACGUGAUGACAAUGCAAUGAAUCAAGGUAUAACCACGCGAACCACGGGCCUGAGUGCUGAGUGCCGACUCCCCCGACCAGUGAGAGAAGGGUUUUUUCUGACGGGUGCUGGGCAGCUCCAUGUAACUUUUGUGUUGUAUAGAGUGGUGGUGAAGGUUGGCGAAUGCAUCCUCAUAAUAUAUUUAUGGGCG